CGUCCCGACCCGAAAAAGGGUUUUUGGUGUCUGCGGCGGCGACCACUUCCGGCUCAGGAAGUUGUUAAGCACGACGACUUUUCAUGACGUCAUCGUAACGGCGUUCUGAGGAGGACGGAACCCUCGGAAGUUGCCCGAGCCAUCCAUCCGGUUUCUGACUGGGCCGCGCUUAUCCUCACAAGGAGCCUCUCCCGGUCUAAACCUCAGGCCUGUGCUUUGGGUCGACGCGACAGAUGGCGGGAACGUCCAGGCACGACCGACAGAUGGCGCUCGACGCCAAACGGCAGCUGACGUCAUGUUCCGACCCCCUGGAGAGACUCCGCCUCCAGUGUCUGGCGCGGGGCUCCGCGGGCAUCAAAGGCCUCGGGAGGUGACGUCACUUGCCACUCGAGUGUUCCGGAUCAUGGACGACGACGCCAACCGCUCGCUGGACCUGAAGGAGUUCUUGAAAGGCAUUUACGACUUCGGCGUACCGAUGGACAAACGGGAAGCGGCGGCCGUCUUUCAGCGCUUCGACCGCGACGGGAACGGCACCAUCGACUUUGACGAGUUCCUGGUCACGCUCAGGCCGGCCAUGUCCGAGGCCCGCCGGGACGUGGUCUUGCGGGCCUUCCGCAAACUGGACAAGACUAAAGACGGCGUGAUCACCGUGGACGACCUGCGGGGCGUCUACAACGCCAAGUACCACCCCAAGUACCAGAACGGCGAGUGGAGCGAGGAGCAGGUCUUCAGGAGCUUCCUCGACAACUUCGACUCACCUUACGACAAAGACGGAAAGGUGACGCACGAAGAGUUCGUCAACUACUACUGCGGCGUCAGCGCCUCCAUCGACAACGACGCCUUCUUCAUCCUCAUGAUGACCAACGCCUGGAGGCUCUGAAAACGUCGCCGCCGUCGUCCGCUUUGGGGGCCUUCGGGCCGGGCCUUCCUCCGUCCUUUCCGAAAAUCCUCGGUGAUGUAUCGAUGCGGCGGACCGAAACAAACCCACGACUCGGACGCAAUAUUGUUGUUGGUGUAUUUGACAAACGUUGUUACUUUUUGUCCACCUGUGC